UAAACAUUUUGUCACUGAAUCUUGGAUCUCACACACACCAUUUAAAAACAUAGCUCACAAAUAUAAUAAUAACAAUAAUAAAUAUUCACGCGUUUAUAAAAUAAAACGUGUAAUUGUUUCUGUUUAAUUCCUAAAAUUGAUCCGUGUCCGAAACAAAACGUGACACGUCAUGACGGCCGCCGGAGUUACGUCAUCGCGGUCCCCGCCCUCCAAAGGGAAAGCGCACAUUCCUAUUGUCCAAGAUGGCGGCGUCGGUGCAGGUCCUCUGAUGCUGACAUGUUUUUAAACGAGUUUAUCCUUUUAUUUCGACAUAUAUGCAAAUAUCCAGCGUCUGGAGCGGGAGCGGAUCUUUACCGAAGCCGUCGUCUGACACGGUAUUGUUGCUAACACCCCUGAAGUUCGCUCCCCGGGCCGGAUUCCCGUCGCAGGCACCGAAAAGUUUGAGCUCCAUCAUCCUUUGAAAAUGAAGAGGCAGGCCGGGAGAGAGACUAGUCCGUCCAGGGCCAUCGCCAAACGGAUCCGGGAGCGGGAACGAGAGAGUGCGCGGAGAGAGGAGCUGCCGCCGCCGCCGCUGGCUCUGCUGCUGGCGGAGAGCCGGGGAUAUCACCGCCGGAGCCGCAGCAGGGAGCGAGAGAAGCCGCGGCUGAGGGAGGAGCGGGCGGCCGCCCUGGAGCUCCACCACCGACACGAGCUCAGCCUCCUCGGUCGCCCGCCGCUACGGACCACGGCGGCUGCGGCGGCUGCGGCGGCGGCGGAGCUCCCUGCGGCCAGGCCGGGCACUCUGGAGUACAAGACGCUGCUCAUCAGCAACCUGGGGUCGCAGGUCUCGGACGAGGACGUGGAGGACGCGCUGUUUCACGAGUUCAAAAAGUUCGGGGACGUCAGCGUGAAGCUGUCGCACACGCCGGAGCUGGGCCGGAUCGCCUACGUGAAUUUUCGGCACCCGGAGGACGCCAAGGAGGCCAGGCACGCCAAAUCCUCCAGGUUAGUGCUGGGCGAUCGGCAGCUUAAAAUUGAACCCAUGUACGUGAGGAGGCGGAGUGUCACGCCGCCGGACGUCGGCUAUUUGCCUCUGCACGCACCGUACCCCUACAGACAGCGCUCCCUGUCCCCGCCGGGACCCGGGGUGAGCAACAUCAGGGACCUCAGGGCGAGACACUACGCCCUGGAGACCCUAGGUCUGAGCCGGGAGAGGGAGAGGCUGUUGGAUUACUACGGCAUGCUGGAUGAGAGGGGCCGGCCCUACGGCUUCCCUCCCAUGCCGGUGGUGGAGGAUUUAAAACCAGAGGACGACCAGAGGGCGACCAGCAACCUGUUCAUCGGAAACCUGGACGGUAAUGUCACAGAGGCAGAACUGAGGAGGGGGUUUGACAAGUACGGCAUCAUUGAGGACGUUGUGAUCAAGCGCCCGGCCCGUGGACAGGGUGGGGCGUACGCUUUUGUCAAGUUCCAGAACUUGGACAUGGCCCACCGGGCCAAAGUGGCCAUGCAGGGGCGGCUGAUUGGUGGCAACCCGAUUAAGAUCGGCUACGGGAAGGCUAAUCCCACCACGCGGCUCUGGGUGGGCGGCCUGGGGCCUGGGAACUCCCUGGCCGCUCUGGCUCGGGAGUUUGACCGGUUUGGGAGCAUCAGGAACAUCGACUACGUGAAGGGGGACAGUUUUGCGUACAUUCAGUACGAGAGUCUGGACGCUGCUCAGGCCGCCUGCACCCAGAUGAGGGGGUUUCCUUUGGGUGGACCUGAGCGGCGACUGAGGGUGGACUUUGCUAAAGUCGAGGAGAGCCCCUCCCGGCCGUUCCCCUCUGGCUACCAGCCGCCCGUCGCCCUCCCUGCCCACUACGACCUCCUCGGGGAGGCCUACAGCCGCCAUCGCAGCCUGGAGCGGGAGCUGAGGGGAGCCAGGGACCGCUCCUCGCCGCCCUCCCACAGCCUCAUCACCCAGAGGGAGAGGGACCGGGCGGUGCUGGAGAGGGACUACCCCACCAGCCCGACCCGCAGCCUGGAAAGGAGGGCGGGAGGGAGUGUGGAGGCGUUUGGGCGGAGCGGGAGAGCAGCGAGGAGCCGCAGCAGGAGCAGGGAGCGGUGGCUGAAGGAGAGGGAGGAGAGGAGGAACAGGAGGAGGAGCAGGAGCAGGAGUGUGUCCGCUGACCGGCAGACGGAGGAGAGGGAGAGGGAGAGGGAGAAAGAGAGGGGGAGGUCAAGGGUUCGAGUCCCGGGAGGGGUCGUCUCUCCUGACGUGAGCCCGGACCGAGCCCGAGUCCGAGCCCCAGACUCCACCACGGAGCCCCGAGACCACUCCCCGGACAGCGGUGGAGGGGGACGCCACCCCGCCACCAAUGAGGAAGACCCGCCGUCCGCCCGCCACCACAGCAAGAGGUCGUCCAGCGAGCACCUCAACAACCACCACCACCGAAACAGCGAGGUUGUGGCCGCCGCCGGCUCCCCCGCUCUCCACACGGACACCCGCACCUCCUCCUCCCCGAGCUCGCUGUCCGAGUUCGCACAGGCCUCGCUCUCCAAGACGUGGCACGGCUUCUUCGCCCUGAAGAACAGCAGCUUCCCCACAGACCUGUACCUGCUGGAGGGCGGGGCGUCGUUCUUCAGCACGGUGAUGAAGGACAGCCUGAAGCUGCAGAGCCAGAACCAGCCCAGCCAGCUCAAGAUCGCCCAGCGGCUCCGCAUGGACCAGACCCGGCUCGACGAGGUGUCGCGUCGCAUCAAACUGGGCCGACCCGACGGCUUCGCCAUCCUCCUGGCUCUGCAGGGCCCCGUCGACCGCCAGGCCCCCGCCCCUGAGCCGGGGCUGCAGGUGCGCCUGCUCCGCCACCUGGUGACCUACCUGCGGAACAAGGAGGCGGCCGGAGUCGUGAGCCUCCCCGCCGCCAAGGAGGGCGGGCCCGGGGCGAUGCUGUACGCCUUCCCCCCCGGGGAUUUCUCCCAGCAGUACCUGCAGGCCGCAAAGAGGACUGUGGGUAAUCUGGACGAGGAGCACAUGGUGAUUGUGAUCGUCACCGACACUAACUGAGGAUAACGGACAUGUACAGGCCCCUGAAGGCAACACACACACAAACACACACACACACACACACACAUGGAGCGAACUGAGAGCUGCAGACUACAGAUACUUCCAUGUUUUUAGAAAGAUGCAUUUUAUUGUUUUAUUCGGUGUCUUAUAAAGCAGCAGAUUACACUACAUCUCCCUCCUUUACGCUGAUGUUGAGCUGUCGUCACGUUCACAGCCAGAUUUUAAAACGGAAAACACUUAAAAAGGACAGAGGCUGUAACAUACAACACUAAAACCCGGGGGUGGGGGUGGGGGUGGGGGUCGGGGUUGUUUAUGUGCUUGUUUACUUUAUCUGUUUCCUUUUUAUCUGAAUUUACCAGGUUCUGUAUCCAACACGAGCGGGACUGUGAGGUUUUCUACAAAGUGAUUGUACUGUAAACUGAACAGGAAAGCGUCUCCUCUGCUGGCCUCCACUCGCAGGUUGAGACUGUUGUGAGGUGUUUUUUCUUUUUGUUGUUGUUUUGUUUGUUUAAAGCACCAGCCAGCACGGCCAGUAGAGACAAAAGUGAAUUUCCUGACCCGUCCCUGUGACUAUAUAUUUUACAUAGUUAGUGUUUUUUUAUCAGUUGAAUCAUUCCAGUUUCUUCUUUCCUCUUUUGUGUUUUUUUGGGAAGGUGUGAGUGUGUUUGGUCUCUUGUUGCAUGCAGGAAAAAGAAAAACAGUUUGAUUUUGUCCGUCUAAAGAUGUACGUACGCGUCCCUCUCUCUCUGUUCGCUGGAGAUACACGUUCUGACGGUUCAGAUUUUAUCUCGUACGCAGACUUUUCCAUCCGUCUCUAAUCCAUCCAUCCUCCUUUUUUAUUUUCAUCCGCCAUCACCUCAGCUUCACGAGACGUCUUCAUCCCUUAGUCCCACUUCCUGUUUUAAUCUGAGUGUCGUUUACAGGCAGGAUCAGUCAUUUUUAGUGGAAUCCACCUCAGAUAUUUUCCUCUUUAACACUAAUUCCAACUCUUCAGGUUCAUGUAACUGAACUUCUUUGUGCCAAGAUAAUAUUUUAUUUAAAGAAACACAGAUUUAAUCUACGUUUCCUCGCCCAGAUGAUGCCGAAUGAAACAUUAAACGGAGACAUUCAGCAGCUUUUUUUUAUCCCCUGACAGCAUCUUUACACGUUUGUCGUCCCUGAUUUGUUUUGCACCAACUUAAUGAGAAUGUAUGUAGUUGAUGUAGGAGAGGUGAGGAGUGUUGAUACCUCAUGUGGUCUGGGUGGUAGAUCUACGUUUACUCCAUUUAUUGUUUUAUAAAAGCCAGAAAAAGGUCGAUGAGAGUGUGAAAACAUUUCUGCUUCUACAAGAAAUGAAAUCAGGUUUUAAUCAGGAGUUAGAGGAAGGUGUUUUUUUCUUGAUUCCCAGCAGUUGUUUACAGCACAAGCAGCUAAAUGUGUAAAAAUUAACAUGACUUGCAGGACGAGCUGAUAAAUGUUAAACUCACAAAACACAUUCUGAGAUAUAAAGUGUGUAGUUUGGGUGAAUAUCUGCAAAUAGGAAACACUUCAGAGAUUAAUCUGAUGAUAAAAUGUCAGAAAAAAGAGGUAAUUUUGCCCAUUUAAACUGCAAGAUUCAGUUUCAAGCCGUUAACUUGUGCGUUCUUGCUGAAAAAACUUAAAUAAUGAAUCAGUUAUCAGAGUAGUUGAGGAUCAUUUUUCUGACGCUCGAGUAACUGAAUAAUCAGUGAAUCAUUUCAGCUAAAAUACAGGAAAAAAUGUAAAAAAGUAAAACCUGAAAUAACAUUUAUGAAUUGUGUUUAAUGGGCGUCUUCAUUUUCUGUUCUUUUACAGCAAAUUAAUCCCAUAUGUCCCUUCAGUUCUACUUUAUGUGGCAGUAGUUACAAGUGGUGGAAAGUAACUCAGUACUUUUACUUUUGGUUUUUAUACUUGAUUAUUUCCAUUUUUGCUCCUUUACUCUUCUUCACUACAUUUCAGAUGGAAAUAUUGAUUCUUUUUUUGAACUCUUUUUUAAAUUUGACGUAGAAAACUUCUAAAACAUGUUCAGUGUAAAAUAAAUCUUCUUAUCAGGUCAGUUUAGUCUGGGACUGAGUCCUCUGCCUGUACACUGAGAAUACUUCAGCCCAAAAUCAACCUUUUCUAAAUUCCUGUGCAGUGAUUUGCCUCCUCUUCUUAAUGUUUCAAGUCACAGACACGUUUUAAAGUUGAUUUAAAUGAAAACAGGAUGAAAUAUUUUCACUUCAGGAGUCAGUUACAGACAAAGUGCCUCAGCAAGAGUCAGAUUUCUCGCCUUUAACAGCCCAUCACUUCAGAAAGUAGUUAAAAUAUUCUAUAUGCAUGAGUUUUAUUUGUAAUAGAGUAUCUUUACUUCCUCUUCCUCUGGUCACUUGAUGAGAUGGUAUUUUUACUCCCUUCUGUCUUAACUGUCAUGGUUAUAACACUAUAUUUGGACUUUUCUUCUUGUCGCUGCACACGCUGUAUUGUUACAUUUUCUCGUCGUCGUUCAGAAAGUUGCUCAGUUGAACACCUGUUAAUCUCUGGCUUGAAUGUGUUUGAUGAAGAUAAAAAAAAAAAGUUUUCUCCAGAAGAAAAUCGAUUUGUGUUUCCCUCAGAAAAUCUUCCUCAAAAUCAAGACGUCCACGUUAAAAGAUUUGGUUGUACAACACUGAGACUGAAUGUCCAUCCUCACACUGAUCAUAUAAAUAUACCAGAAAAUAAAGAUGUAAAAGAACAAAAAACAAACACUACUUUUUAUAUCCGCUGUCCUCGACGAAUGAGAAGUUGUGACUAGACUUCCUUCUUUUCCCGUCUCAUCUUGAAUUCGUGGCGUGCUGUGUUCUGACCGAUGGCGUUCCUCAGACCGGAUGGAGAAAUGAUCCAUGACGACAAUCGGUUUUUGUACACAGAUUCCCUCCUUUUGGUUUUGUGUCAACAUAGAAACAUGUAUUCUGCAUUAAAAAAAAAUGUAAUAAACAUUUUAUGCUCUUUGUAA